CCGCCGCCUCUGCCUGCGGCUCCGUGUCUCCCACCGGCGUCCCCCACCCCCCCUCCCUCUGGAGGCCGUUCUGCGCCGGCGCGGACCGGGGAAGGCGCGCGGGAGGGGGCCGGUGCGGCGCAUGCGCGCUGUGCGCCGCCUCCGCCGCCGCUGAGAGAGCCCCCGCCGUUGCCGCCACUGCCGCCGCCGCCGCCGCCGCCGCCUCCUUUCCGCCGGCGGGUGUGUGAAGGAGGAGUCUGAGCAGGGACCGCCGCCGCCAUGGGGAGAAAGUCAAGUAAAGCCAAGGAGAAGAAACAGAAGCGACUGGAGGAGCGGGCCGCCAUGGACGCCGUCUGCGCCAAAGUGGAAGCCGCCAACAAGCUCGAAGACCCCUUGGAGGCCUUUCCAGUGUUCAAGAAAUAUGACCGCAAUGGAUUAAACAUCUCCAUUGAGUGUAAGCGGGUGUCGGGGCUGGAGCCGGCCACGGUGGACUGGGCCUUCGAUCUCACCAAAAGCAACAUGCAGACCCUGUACGAACAGAGCGAGUGGGGCUGGAAGGACCGCGAGAAGAGGGAAGAGAUGACGGAUGACCGGGCCUGGUACCUCAUUGCCUGGGAGGAGAGCGCCGUCCCCGUCGCCUUCUCGCACUUCCGCUUUGACGUGGAGUGUGGGGAUGAAGUCCUGUACUGCUAUGAGGUCCAGCUGGAGAGCAAAGUGCGGAGGAAAGGUCUGGGCAAGUUUCUGAUCCAGAUCCUGCAGCUUGUGGCCAACAGCACCCAGAUGAAGAAGGUCAUGUUAACGGUGUUCAAACACAACCACGGAGCGUACCAGUUUUUCAGGGAAGCUCUGCAGUUUGAGAUCGACGACACCUCUCCCAGCAUGUCCGGCUGCUGCGGCGACGACUGCUCCUACGAGAUCCUGAGCCGGAGGACCAAGUUUGGGGACAGCCAGCAUGCCCACUCGGGUGGGCACUGUGGCGGCUGCUGCCACUGAGGCUUCCCCAGGCCCCGAGCGCCUCCCCCGGCCUGGCCCCUCCCCUGCGUCCCACCACUCCACACAUUCACAGCUGCCUCUCACCUUUCAGGUCUUCCACUCCGGAGCUGCCAGCGCGCCUCCCCCUGGCGGGCCUCCAAGCACUGCCCCUCCCCCCAGCAGGGGUAGGCGGUGCAGGGGUGGGGAACCUCCCCAUUUCUCCGGUGGCCCACGGGGUGUCCGUGCCAGCCGCAAGUCGGGCUUCUGAGCCCUUUCUGCGCUUCACCAGAACCCUGCCCCCCAUGGCAGCCGGUCGCUGCUGGGCUCCCCCACACCGGAGAAAUGGGGCGCCCCUGAGGCCCACGGGCACCGAGAACGGCGGGGUCUGGCCAGAGACGGGGGGCAUUAGCUUUGAGAGCCUCCACUUGUGGUUUCCUCUCCCAGAGAGAAGGGGGGGAGGGGGCGGCGCAUACUUUGGCAAGGUGUGUAUGUGCAGACCUGCCCAGUAAAGGUGGCCCCGGGGCCCCCCGGACGCUGCUGCAGGGCUCUCCCAUCCCCACCGGGCCGGGCCCAGAGGGAGCUGUGAACGUCAGUGAGCUCAGCCUGGCUCCGGGCUUAUCCUCUGACCCCUGCCCCAAGUGCUGCUGCCCCGCUCCGGGGAAAAUGACAUCAGGGACCCCCCAGGCUUCCCCUGGAAAGCGGCCCACUUCCUGUUGGCCUCUGCCAUUUCCUCUCUACUUUGGUGCUGACUCUUCCCCUCCCCCGCCGGCAGCAGGCCUCCCCUCUGCCUCAGUGAGGCAAUGACCCCACCAGCUGUCUGCGGACCAGAGGGGUGGCUCGGGCCGGCCUCGGCCUAUUUUGUUCAGGGAUGCCCUCUGCUCGCCCCCUCCCUCCGGCAGAAUCUGCUCUGUCCUUCCCAGGAGGCCGAGGCGGGGGGGUGCUGCUGGGGAGCCCAUGUCCCCCUGCUGUGACUCCUUAGAAGCCCCUGCUUAGGGAGCGUCUUUCAAGUUUUAACCUCUGUGAAGGUUCUAGCUGAAGGUCUAUCCUCAGACCGACCUCAGCCCCCCCUGCCCCUCGCCGCCCCGGGAGGCAGCUGCGCCCACUGCUCUCGCUCUCCCCUCCCCUUCUCUCCCUCGCCCUCAGCGUGGGAGCAUGGGCACAGAUGCCCGUGGGCCAUCCUCCAGCACACCAGCCUGUGAGCUGCCGAGACCCGGGCCCCGCUCCCCUCGGCAGCUCGCCCCCUGCUUUCCCUUGGAAAGGGCCAGGGAUUUUCUCAGCCGCCUAUGCAGCUUUUACACUGGAUGAAAUCCCUGCUUCCCCCCUCCCCGGCCCCCCUGGUGGCUCUGAGAGAAGCUCCUGCCCAGGGGCGGAUUUCUAGGUCACGGAAAGGGGCUGAUUUGGGCUUCCUCACACUAGGAGCGGAGGAAGGACCUUUUCAGAAGUUUCCCUUCAGCUCUCCAGGGAUAUGAACCAAAACACUUUGGGUCUCAAAUCAUGGAUUUCUGACUGUGUAUGCCCCCAGAAUUCCAAAGGAAUCCCCAGCAAAAAUUCCAAGCAACUUGAGUUCAUUGUGUGUCUCUUUUUUACUGACCUCCUGACCUCUUCCUCACAGCCAGCCCCCAGGUCCCAAACUCACUGGCAGGGGAGUGACGUUGAAGUUGCCCCCAGCCUCCUUCAUGCCCGGUGCUCUUCUGCUGGCCCAGCAUUCAUUCCUUGGUUGGGUUUUCCUCUCUGGGACCUCUGGGCCCUCCCGCACAUCAGUGUCUUGCCUCAACUUUUCUUGAGUCUAGUUUCUGAGACCUGUAGCUCCGGUGGGACCGACUCAUGGUUUUGUUUGGGGCGUGUUGAAGUACUUUGGUUAAAGAUGGCUUUUUUGCGUUGUGCCCAUCCUGUGCCCGGGCUGGGUCACUUCUGUUGGUAUGUUUAUGCACGUGCCCGAGUGAGUGCGAUUCUUCCUAACCUUCUCUGGGUUUUUUAGAGGAAAAAUGGAAAACAGACCCUACUCUUGAUAUAUAUAUAUUUUUUUCCUUAGUAAAUUCUUUUCUCACUGGAAUCAAAGGGGAAAAAAGCAAACCUUUUGCAGUGGUUUUAUUUGUACGUUACAGAUUAAAGACACUUUGUUGA